AUGAGGAUACUAUAUUCGUUUGUAAUGCUAUUUGUGGUAGCAUUUGCUUCCCUUGGUGACAAUCUUCCGGAAUUUCAAUCAUGUUUAUACCAAUGUGAUUGUCAUGCCAUUCCUCAAUCGAUCAUUUGGUCCUGUCUAGCCAAUUGUAACUAUUUUUGUCAACAAUUAAUCACCGAUCAACUUGAAUCACUGAAUGUACCAAUGGUUCAAUUUUAUGGUAAAUGGCCAUUUAAAAGAGUGUUGGGAGUGCAAGAGUUUUUCGCCAUGGUUUUUUCAUUAGGUAAUUUGUACGUGAAUUACAAAAAUCUUCGAAUAAUUUAUCGACAAUUUAGAAGAAAUGAAUCGGAAUAUAAAACCAUGUAUGUUCAAUACUUGGUCUUGUUAAUUGUCACUUGUAUUGGGUGGAGUUUUAGUGCUAUUUUCCAUUUCAAAGACACCAAGAUGUCAGAAACUUUGGAUUAUUUUGGUGCAUUUGCGAUCAUCUUGUGUAAUUUAAAUGUUAUUGUGGUGAGAGUUUUCCAAUUAUUCAGACACAAGAAAAAUUUAAUACUAUGGCACAUUGCAUUGGUGGUAUUAUAUUUAUACCAUGUAAUUAGAUUGGAAAGAAAUUGGGAUUAUUCUUACAACACAUUAAUCAACAUUAUUGUUGGAGUUUCAGCCAUGAUAUUAUGGUGUUUCCAUCUGUGGCGCGUUUAUCGUGUUUACAACCAGAAACGCAUAAUAUACAACAAUUCGAUUCAAUUGUUACCGUAUGAAACCAAAUUAUUACAGAAACUCAGUUAUAUUGGUAUGUCACUAUCUAAUUUGAUUCCCUUGAUUCCGAUUUUCAAUAAUGUCAUCUUAUUACUAGGUAUCAGUUUAGAGUUGAACGAUUUCCCACCGAUAGGCAGACUUGUAGAUGCUCAUGCAUUGUGGCACUUGGUUACAAUAUUUCCUAGUAUUAUUUGGUUUGAUUGGAAUGUAUGGGACAUUGAAAUGUUGAAGAUUACUAAUAGUUCAGAGUCAAAAGUGUAA